AUGUCAUGGCUUGGAAGAGCAAUCAGUUCAGUAGGUCAAUAUUAUAAAGAAAUCAAUCCAGCUACUCUUUCAGGGGCCAUCGAUGUGAUCGUAGUAUCCAACAAACGUACAACAUCAUCAUCUGAUAAUAACUCAAAUGAAGAAGAAAAUGAAACGACGAUUAUUGAAGAUCUAGCUUGUUCUCCUUGGCAUGUUAGAUUUGGAAAAUUAAGUGUACUUCGACCAGUGGAAAGAAAAGUUAGGAUUUUGAUUAAUAAUCAACCUGCUCCAUUCAGUAUGAAGAUUGGUGAAACCGGAGAAGCUUUCUUUGUCUUUGAGACUGAUGUUGAAGAUUUACCAGAUGAUUUACAAACAUCUCCAUUGGUUUCACCUUGCUUGGAAUCAGUAGAGACUACUUCAAAACGUGAUCCUACCUCAAGCAAUCUUGAAGUAGUACCUGACUUUAAUGACCUUGGUGAAAGUGAACUUGCUACCGAUCCUAGUCAAGAAUGGCCAACAGAAUGUAACGAAAAGAUACAGGACUCUUGUGAAUCUGAUCUUCUGUCAUCAGCUGAAAAGACUCGGAAGAAUUCGGAACUAGAGAAAUCAUCUCAAACAUCACAAGAACUCAAUUCGAAUCACAUUGACGAAAUUCAGACUUCCUCUGAAUUACCUCGAGAGGCAGAUCAAUCACCUGGUACGGAGAAUGUACUACCUAUCAUGACUCUUUUAAUUGACACGGAUCGAACCGGCCCUGCAUCUCCUCAUGAAGAUGGUGACGAAUCAAGACAAGCAGCUCGAGCGCAAGACCCACAUCCAUUAAUUUCACAAAUCUCACCUACUUCUCAAAUCUCAUCUGAAGCUGAACUUCAUACUGCUUUACCACACCAUCUUCAUCAUGGUACAAAUCUACCACCUGGAGAUUUAAUGUUAGAUAUGGACGGAUAUAAAAUGACAGAGGAUACUGAAGAUGAUCUCUCACGUACCAAUACCGUAUCUCACUUUACGAUGCAAGAGAAGACUAGUCCUUCGAAAUCAUUUGAUCUGAAACCCCCCUCAUGUCCUACACCUGCCACCGGGAUAAUCUGUCCGGGAGAUGAGCUGACAAAUGUAAAAGAAGAAGACGUCAUGGAAUUCACAAAGGCCCUCCUAACUUGUUCAGAACGGAUCAAUAAUCAACUCGCUCCUACUCCUAAUCAAGAUCUCAGUGGUGAUCAGAUUGAUCAUAAUGUGGCAGUCAUCAUGGACUCACUCCAGAAAGAACCCGUGAAUCAAUCAUCUGAUAAGCCUCAACUUGCCGACAACCUUCAAUCUGAUCAUAACUCGGAUUGUAUUAUCCAUGUGGAGAGAAUCGAAGGCACUGAUGGCGUUCGUACAUAUGACCGGUUUAAACUUGAAUCCAAUGGCACCUUUCACGUCUUUGAAAUCUCUUUCUAUAGCUCUUCAUUUGAUGGAAAGCUUGAAUCAGCCUCACACCACCAUCAUCAUCACUCUAUUCGACCACAAUCGUUUGAUCCUCAACAAUUUAAUCAGAAUAGAAUGUGUUUUGAAGAUUAUUUUACUACAUCUGAUUUAAAAGAUUCAAUUUUAGAUCAAGAAGCGAAUUUGAUUAUCAAAUAUAAUGAGCUUUCAAUCUUGACUUGGGAUAAUGCUAGUACUGCUCUUACUUCACUUGGAAUUUAUCGAAAGUCAAUCUUGAGCUUAAGUCAAACUAAAACAUUACGAUUGAGUAAUGGCGCUGUACGGAUAGUUGAUCAAAGUUCAACUGAUUCCAUGAUAAUUUCAAAUGACCCAACGAUCACUUUGUCGGAUCAAACCCUUGUCGGUGAAACCUCAACAGAAUCAUCAGCUCAAGCUACUUACCCAUCUCAAUCAGACAAACCUACGACUAUCAUCUCACCUGUUGCUCCGAGUUAUACUCGACCUUGGUCAAGAUGGUGGUAUAAGAAUGAUCAAUUGUCAUCAACUCAAACUCAUCAUGUUCGACAUCAUUCAGAAGUAGCAUUUACUUCAAAUAAUGAACAAUUAGGUCCAGAUGAAGAUAAACUUAGAUCUCACUCAAGUGCAAAUAGUUCUCCAUCUGGUUCACCCAGAUCAUUACCAGCUCAAUUAGAGGUAGAUCGAUCGCGUGAGAAUGAAGCUGGUCAAAAGACUGAUAAGCGAAGAUCGACCUCGGCUGAAGGCAAACCACGACAGGAAGCCACUAAAAAUGAAAGCCCUACCACUCCUACUACACCACCACCAGAAGCACGCAAGCAUUAUGCCAAAACCCUUAGACUUACAUCUGACCAAUUGAAACAACUUGGAUUAAAAAAAGGAAUGAAUCAAGUCUCCUUUUCAGUUAGAUCAUCAUACUCAGGUUAUGCAGUUUGUACCUCUCGAAUCUUCUUAUGGGAAUCAGAUUAUAAAAUCUGUAUUUCAGAUAUAGAUGGAACCAUCACCAAAUCAGAUGCACUUGGACAUGUUUUCACGAUGAUCGGUCGAGAUUGGACUCAUGCUGGUGUAGCUAAAUUGUAUACUGAUAUAGCGAAGAAUGGUUAUAAACUUAUGUAUUUGACUUCUAGAGCUAUUGGUCAAGCUGAUACUACUCGUGAGUACCUUAAAGGGAUUAAUCAGUUAGGGUAUACUUUACCGGAUGGACCUGUGAUUAUGAGUCCGGAUCGAUUGAUGACUAGUCUUCAUAGAGAAGUGAUUAUGAGAAAACCAGAAGUUUUCAAAAUGGCCUGUCUCAGGGAUAUUCAAAGAUUAUUUGGAAAACCCAAUCGAAAACCGUUUUACGCAGGAUUUGGAAAUCGAAUCACAGAUGCACUUUCAUAUAGAACGGUUGAAAUUCCAUCAUCUAGAAUCUUUACCAUCGAUUCGAAUGGAGAAGUGAAGAUGGAAUUAUUAGAAUUAACAGGAUAUAAAUCAUCGUAUAUCCAUAUGACCGAUUUAGUGGAUCAAAUGUUUCCACCGAUCAAUCGAUCAUCUAAUUCAUUACCCGAGUUUACGGAUUUUAAUUUUUGGAGAUCAGAUCCAAGUUCAGGAACGAUUUUAAAUGAAGUGGAUUUAGAAGAAUUACUUUCACCUAAUUUUGGAAAUCCAAAUCAAUCGAAUCAAUCUAUACCCAUCAGUCCAGCCUUAAGUGCCAGAAGUUAUGAAUCUGGACCAACAGCUGUUAGUAGAUUAAGUUUUAGAUUAGCCAGUAGUUUAUCAUUAGGACGGAAAUCAUCUAAGAUCGAAUUAAAUGUUUCACAACCCAAACGUACUUCUACAAGUCGAGAUGAUUCACCUGGACCAUACUUAGGAUCACAUAAGAAAAGAUUAGAAUCAGAUGUAGGAAGUAUUAGAAGUUUUGAAACUGUGAUGGAAGAAGAAAGCGAUGAGAGUCUGAGACAUCAUCAAGUACCUAAUAGGAUGAGAAGUGAUUCGAUGCCAGGUAGUUUACCUGGUAGUUUAGAAGAACAAAGCUUAUUAGAAGGAUUAAGGAAUCAUAAUGAAUCAUUUGAAAUUAAUCCAAGAAGGAAUCCUUUAAAAUUGAUGGGUAAAGGAAAUCUUGAAUCGAGAAAAGAAGGUGAACCAACAGAAGAAGAUGGAGAAGAUGAAGGAGAAGAAGAGAAUGUUGAGGAAGAUGACGAUUUUCCUCAGAUGGACUUUAGUGCUGUUCCUUAUCUUUAA